UCUGAGUUGACUUAGAUGAAGUGAGAAAAUAUGGCUGAGGAUAUCUAUGCCAAGCCAGACCUCACCAAAAAAGUUAGAUUUCAGACAGGUGAGAAGGACGACAGACAAACAGACGUCUGUGAUAACGUUGAUACUGUGAGGAUUUAUGACAACUGCUGGGCAGAGGAGAGGACGACGCCGGACAAAUCACAGGACAACACUACUGAGAAUCAACCGCAAACCACUUCAGUCAAUGUGAGUCCAGAAAAGAGAAGUAUUCCCGGAGCCGCUGCAGUGUUUCUGGGGCCACUGUGUCUUCUCCUCCUGGUGGCAGUCAUUGCCCUGGUGGUCAUAUUUAUUCUGGAGAGGAAUCGUCUGUGGAGGGACAAUGCCAGCCUGGCCAGCGAGAGAGACAAACUGCAGAAGAGUUACAGCGAAGUGAAAAUCCUCAAUCACAAUCUGACCCAAAAGACAAGACAGUUAGAGAACGAGAACAACAACCUCACCAAAACUGUAGAUGAAUUACAAAAACAGAUUGAGACAACAUAUCCUGCCGAUUGGAUAACGUUUGGCAAUAGCUGUUAUUUAAUGUCCAAAGAAAAGAAGAGCUGGACUGACAGCAGUAAAGCCUGUGAAACUCAUGGUGCAUGGCUGGUGAUCAUAUCUAAUGAAGAGGAACAGGAAUUUAUCAGCUUUUUUACCCGGAAUAGCUGGAUUGGUCUGACUGAUAAGGAGCCUGAAGGAGAAUGGAAGUGGGUAAAUGGAACAACAGCUACCACCAAGUACUGGAAAAGCGGACAACCAGAUAAUGAUGGUGAAAAUGAAGACUGUGCUCAGAUUUCAAACAUGUAUCCGCAUCUAAAUAACUGGAAUGACUUGCCAUGCCAUACAGAAUUAUACUUUACCUGUGAAAAAACACUUAAAUAAAGUCACAGUAUCAUGGUACCCUCAUGGACUGAUUCAACAUCUGUAUUACUCCUACACAUGUAAAAUAUCUGUAACAUAUUGUAUAUUCUCCUCCU